CUGGAAGGAUGUUCCUUCAGUGCCACGUUUGUGCAGAAAAAUUCCACAAAACACACUAUGCCCGAGUCCGUUGGUUCCGUGAUUGGUAAAUUUUGUGAUGAAUACAUCAACAGCACUCCCAAGAAGCUGAAGAUCGUUGACGCAUACCUUCUUUACAUCAUGUUGACUGGGAUAAUUCAGUUCCUGUACUGUUGUUUGGUUGGCACUUUCCCCUUCAAUUCAUUCCUCUCUGGAUUCAUUUCAACAGUGGCAUCUUUUGUACUUGGAGUUUGCCUGAGAGUUCAAGAUAAACAUCUCAGUUUGACCACUCAUCUUACUCACCAUGGCAACAAUGGCACAGACUGGUAGACUACAAUAACUCGAGCAAGGAACAACCAGUAUUCCUUUCCAGUUUCCAUGGCAACAUAACAAGAGGGAACAACAGCAAUAAGCUACAACAAACUAGCAUCGUUUAGAAGACAUGGACUUGCUCAUAAGAUUCUAAAAUAACAUUUUUAUUAUUCACUUAUUAAUUAUAAACUGAGAAACAAUAUUGAACUGGACAUCAUGUUUAAGUGUAUUUUGUUGUAAUUGUUGUAUUUAACUAUGAGUUCUGUCACGACUGUGUCAUUGUUUGUAUCAUUCACCAUUCACAUUCAUCAUCAUUAAAUAAAAAUAAAGGCUAGAUAUUGUAAAAAUUAAAUAUGAAUUUCUGUGAAAUAUUAAAAUGACAUGGGCCAAUUGAAAACUUAUCUAAAACUUAUUUUCGGCUUGUAAAUGUUUCCUCUUUUGAACCAUAAUUCAGUUUACCCAUGGACAUGAAUAGAAGGAAUGAACAUUUUUAGGAAACUGGUUUCUCCCAAUUUAGUUGUGAUUCAAACCAAAAGAUGGACAUGCAAAAUUCUUCAUUCAAAUAUCUCACUAUCUUGUAAAAUGGUUUAUUAUCCCACCCUUUGAACGAAGUUUUGGGGAUAGAGAACAACUAUGUCUGUCAGUUCAAGUACCUAAUUAGUCAUAAACCUCUCAAUAGAAUAGGAUAAAUGAGUAAAAUCUGAAAUUGGCCGUUCAAUUAUUUUGGCAGGUAACAACUCAGUUACAAAAAAUUGGCGAAAUAUCAUAAAUCUAGUUCAAUGUUCAUUAUUCACAGGAUAUUUUAAUUGAUUUAGAUUAGCGUCCACUGUUCAAAGAGAAAAGGUUUUGCUGAAUAAAAAUGCUCAUUGUAUCGAGGAGUUCACUAGAGAGGUGUUCACUAACAAAGG